AUGAAAAAAACUCACAAACAAGCUACAAAUUCCCCACGUUCCUUACACUUGUAUAUAUCUCUCAUCAGUCUCACCCAUCUCUCCCACUCUCGAAAUUAUCCCAAGAACAUGAUAAUGGCAAAAAUGGCGUUUUCCCUUCAUUCAAAGCCCCUUGUUCUGCAAUUCAUGCUUGUGAUUCUCUUCCUUCUUGGAACCAGAUUGCAUGCAGCUGACCCUUCUCUAACGCUAGAUUAUUAUGCAUCUACUUGUCCGGUUGUGCUUGAGACUGUCAAGAAAGAAAUGGAAUGCGCAGUGCUGUCCGACCCACGUAACGCGGCCUUGGUUGUGCGAUUACAUUUCCAUGACUGUUUCGUUCAGGGAUGCGAUGGAUCAGUUUUGCUCGAGGACACAAUUACGUUGAAAGGAGAGAAGAAAGCCCCCCCCAACAUACACUCUUUAAAAGGUUUCAGAAUUAUUGAUAGGAUCAAGAACACGGUUGAAUCAGACUGCCCUGGGAUUGUCUCUUGUGCAGAUAUACUCACCAUUGCUGCGAGAGAUGCUGUGCUCCUGGUUGGUGGACCUUAUUGGGAUGUUCCUCUAGGAAGGAAGGAUUCUGUCACUGCAAGUUAUGAGCUGGCAAACUCAAAUCUUCCUAAAGCAGAAGAAGGCCUGCUGUCUAUCAUUUCCAAGUUUCUUUACCAAGGCCUCUCAGUCACAGACAUGGUAGCUCUUGCAGGGUCACACACAAUAGGAAUGGCACGCUGUGCCAGUUUUCGAUCAAGGAUCCAUGGAGACUGGGAAGCAACAACUUCGGGAUACGAUCCAAUCUCUGAGUCACACCUGAGCAACUUGAAAUCUGUCUGCCCACCUAUUGGAGGAUCAGACAAUAACAUAUCAGCCAUGGACUAUGUUACUCCUAACCUCUUCGACAAUUCAUUCUACCAUUUACUGUUGAAAGGGGAGGGGCUGCUAAAUUCAGACCAGGAAAUGUAUUCAAGCGUGUUUGGUCUCGAAACAAAGGAGCUUGUGAAGAAGUAUGCAGCAGAUCCACUUGCUUUCUUCCAGCAAUUCUCGGAUUCAAUGGUGAAAAUGGGAAACAUCACAAACCCGGAAAGUUUUGUCAGUGGAGAAGUUAGGAGAAACUGCAGAUUUGUCAACACAUGAGCUACAAAUCCAGAUUGUUAAAACAGCUGGGAUUGGUACUUUAAAUAAGCUGUUAUAUCAGUGAAAACAUAGAUUUAUGUAUCAAAGCGGCAGAAAAGAAAAAUAUUCAUGGAAAAAUGUCAGCUGGCCGGAAGUUAAUGUUUAUUCAUUUUGUCUUUCAAUGUCAAAAGUUGACAUGCCUUGCCAUUCUUAUCGGAUGUGUUUUAUAUUGAA